CCGCCGCCGCCGCUCCGACGACAGCAGCAGCAGCCACAGCAGCAGCAGCCGCCGGCGGCGCCGCGCGGAACAAAGGUCAUCCGAGCUGCGGCCCAGACGCCCGGGCUUGACCGCUGCGAAGGCCAACCCCGGGCAGGGGGGUAUGUUCUGUUUUGUGCUUUUCCUUUUAGAAGCUACUAAAGGGUGUUGGGGAUACUUCUGACUAUUAUGAAGGCCAAAAGGCCUGUUGACUGGGGCUGCUUUUAACCCUUUCAUAUUUGCAGAGAAUGCAACUGUGUGACACUAACUGAGCACUGGUCCAAAGUCUUUCCAAAAGGUCAAGGUUCAUAAGAAAGAAGGACCAACUCCAAAGAGGUUCCACUACUUCUGAGGGUCUCAGAGUUCUAGGGGCAGAGCUGGGCCCACACCUGUUCUUCUGUUCUAAAUCCAGCUUCUGGCCUUGACUUAGACCAGAACAUCUGAUCAAAUUCAUGACCAUGGGGGAUAUGAAGACCCCAGACUUUGAUGACCUCCUGGCAGCAUUUGACAUCCCAGAUAUGGUCGAUCCCAAAGCAGCUAUUGAGUCUGGACACGAUGACCAUGAGAGCCACAUCAAGCAGAAUGCCCACGGGGAUGAGGACUCUCACACGCCCUCCUCUUCUGACGUGGGUGUCAGCGUGAUCGUGAAGAACGUUCGCAACAUCGACUCCUCGGAGGGCACCGAGAAGGACGGCCACAACCCCACAGGCAACGGCUUGCAUAAUGGGUUUCUCACUGCGUCCUCGCUUGACGGUUAUGGUAAAGAUGGAGCCAAGUCCUUGAAAGGAGACGCGCCUGUCUCAGAGGUGUCUCUGAAAGACUCCACGUUCAGCCAGUUCAGCCCCAUCUCAAGUGCUGAAGAGUUCGAUGACGAUGAGAAAAUAGAGGUGGACGACCCCCCUGAUAAGGAGGACGUGCGCUCAGGCUUCCGACCGAAUGUGCUGACGGGGUCCGUUCCCCCGCAGGACUACGAUAAACUGAAGGUGCUUGCAGGGGAGAACCCCAGCAAAACGGGAAUCUCCCCAUCAGGCAGUGUAGAUAAAAACAAAGUUAAGAGAGAAACAGAAGCCAAUUCCAUAAAUCUGAGUGUUUAUGAACCUUUUAAAGUCAGGAAAGUGGAGGACAAGUUGAAGGAGAACUCUGAAAAGGUGCUUGAGAACAGGGUCCUCGAGGGGAAGCUGAGCUCCGAGAAGAGCGAGGCGAGCCUCACUGGCCUCGCGCCCUCCAAGACCAAGUCGUCCUCCAAGCUGUCCUCCUGCAUAGCCGCCAUUGCAGCCCUGAGCGCCAAGAAGGCGGCCUCGGACUGCAGCAAGGAGCCUGUGGCCAACUCCAGGGAAUCCUCUCCGUUACCAAAAGAUGUUAAUGACAGCCCGAGAGCCGCUGACAAGUCUCCCGAAUCCCAGAGUCUCAUCGAUGGCACCAAGAAAGCCUCCCUAAAGCCACCGGACAGUCCCCGGAGUGUGUCCAGCGAGAACAGCAGCAAAGGCUCCCCGUCCUCUCCUGCAGGACCCACGCCAGCCAUCCCCAAGGUUCGCAUCAAAACCAUCAAGACGUCUUCGGGCGAGAUCAAGAGAACUGUGACGAGGGUGUUGCCCGAAGUGGAUCUCGACUCCGUGAAGAAGCCUUCCGAGCAGACGGCGUCCGUCAUGGCCUCUGUGACGUCCCUCCUCUCGUCUCCAGCAUCGGCUGCUGUCCUUUCCUCUCCCCCCAGGGCGCCUCUCCAGUCAGCCGUUGUUACCAAUGCAGUUUCCCCUGCAGAACUGACCCCCAAACAGGUCACCAUCAAGCCUGUGGCCACUGCUUUUCUCCCUGUGUCUGCUGUCAAGACGGCAGGGUCCCAAGUCAUCAAUUUGAAGCUUGCUAAUAACACAACGGUGAAAGCCACAGUCAUAUCUGCUGCCUCUGUUCAGAGCGCCAGCAGCGCCAUCAUUAAAGCCGCCAACGCCAUCCAGCAGCAAACUGUUGUGGUGCCGGCGUCCAGCCUGGCCAAUGCCAAACUCGUGCCAAAGACUGUGCACCUUGCCAACCUUAACCUUCUGCCUCAGGGUGCCCAGGCCACCUCUGAACUCCGCCAAGUGCUAACCAAACCUCAGCAACAAAUAAAGCAGGCAAUAAUCAAUGCAGCGGCCUCACAACCACCCAAAAAGGUGUCUCGGGUCCAGGUGGUGUCGUCCUUGCAGAGUUCUGUGGUGGAAGCUUUCAACAAGGUGCUGAGCAGUGUCAAUCCAGUCCCAGUUUACAUCCCAAACCUCAGUCCUCCCGCCAACGCAGGGAUCACGUUACCGACGCGUGGGUACAAGUGCUUGGAGUGCGGGGACUCCUUCGCACUGGAAAAGAGCCUGACCCAGCACUACGACAGGCGUAGUGUGCGCAUUGAAGUAACGUGCAACCAUUGUACAAAGAACCUCGUUUUUUACAACAAAUGCAGCCUCCUUUCCCAUGCUCGUGGGCAUAAGGAGAAAGGAGUGGUAAUGCAGUGCUCCCACUUAAUUUUAAAGCCAGUCCCAGCAGAUCAAAUGAUAGUUUCUCCGUCUAGCAAUACUUCCGCUUCAUCUUCCACUCCGCAGAGCUCUGUGGGAGCUGGCACACACACUGUAACAAAAAUCCAGUCUGGCAUAACUGGGACAGUCAUAUCAGCUCCUUCAAGCACACCCAUCACCCCAGCUAUGCCCCUAGACGAAGACCCCUCCAAACUCUGUAGACACAGUCUCAAAUGUUUGGAGUGUAACGAAGUCUUCCAGGACGAGACGUCGCUGGCCACACAUUUCCAGCAGGCUGCAGAUACGAGUGGACAAAAGACUUGCACUAUCUGCCAGAUGCUGCUUCCUAACCAGUGCAGUUACGCAUCCCACCAGAGAAUCCAUCAGCACAAAUCUCCCUACACCUGCCCUGAGUGUGGGGCCAUCUGCAGGUCGGUGCACUUCCAGACCCACGUCACCAAGAACUGUCUGCACUACACUCGGAGAGUUGGUUUUCGAUGUGUACAUUGCAAUGUUGUGUACUCUGAUGUGGCUGCACUGAAGUCUCACAUUCAAGGCUCUCACUGUGAAGUCUUCUACAAGUGCCCUAUCUGCCCAAUGGCGUUUAAGUCUGCCCCGAGUACACAUUCCCACUCCUAUACACAGCAUCCUGGCAUCAAGAUAGGAGAACCAAAAAUAAUCUAUAAGUGUUCCAUGUGCGACACUGUGUUCACCCUGCAAACCUUGCUGUACCGCCACUUUGACCAGCACAUUGAAAACCAGAAGGUGUCUGUUUUCAAGUGUCCAGACUGUUCUCUUUUAUAUGCACAGAAGCAACUUAUGAUGGAUCAUAUCAAGUCUAUGCAUGGAACAUUGAAAAGUAUUGAAGGGCCUCCAAACUUGGGCAUAAACUUGCCUUUGAGCAUUAAGCCUGCAACUCAAAAUUCAACAAACCAGAACAAAGAGGACACCAAGUCCAUGAAUGGGAAAGAGAAAUCGGAAAAGAAAUCUCCAUCUCCUGUGAAAAAGUCAAUGGAAAGCAAGAAAGUGGCCAGUCCUGGGUGGACGUGCUGGGAGUGUGACCGCCUGUUCACGCAGAGGGAUGUAUACAUCUCCCACGUGAGGAAGGAACACGGGAAGCAAAUGAAGAAGCACCCGUGCCGCCAGUGUGACAAGUCCUUCAGCUCCUCGCACAGCCUGUGCCGCCACAAUCGGAUCAAGCACAAAGGCAUCAGGAAGGUGUACACCUGCUCGCACUGCCCGGACUCGAGGCGGACCUUCACCAAGCGGCUGAUGCUGGAAAAGCACAUCCAGCUGAUGCACGGGAUCAAGGAUCCUGACUUGAAAGAAAUGACGGAAGCCACCAACGAGGAGGAGACAGAAAUAAAGGAAGACACCAAGGUUCCCAGUCCCAAGCGGAAGUUGGAAGAACCGGUUUUGGAGUUCAGGCCUCCCAGAGGAGCCAUCACUCAGCCCCUGAAAAAGCUCAAGAUCAACGUCUUCAAGGUGCACAAGUGCGCCGUGUGCGGCUUCACCACCGAGAACCUGCUGCAGUUCCACGAGCACAUCCCCCAGCACAAGUCGGACGGCUCCUCCUACCAGUGCCGCGAGUGCGGCCUGUGCUACACGUCGCACGUCUCGCUGUCCCGGCACCUCUUCAUCGUGCACAAGCUGAAGGAACCGCAGCCGGUGUCCAAGCAGAACGGGGCCGGGGAAGACAGCCAGCAGGAGAACAAGCCCAGCCCCGAGGACGAGGCUGCGGACGGCGCGGCGUCUGACCGCAAGUGCAAAGUGUGCGCCAAGACCUUUGAGACGGAAGCUGCCUUAAACACGCACAUGCGGACACACGGCAUGGCCUUCAUCAAAUCCAAAAGAAUGAGCUCGGCCGAGAAAUAGCGCAGACACCCCCUCGGAAAAUCCCCGUCCGCAUUGGAAUUUAAAAGAAGAAACCAGGACAUUUUUGUUACAGAAAGUUUGCAGUAUAAUAGAGUUAACAGUACUGUCUAGGCUGUUGCAAUAUAUUCUCUUUCAAUGUACCUUCCUCACCUCGUUGGAUAUAUCCUCUCCUCGAUAAGUAUUACAACAGUAUUUGAGUUUAAAAGAGUUUGUAUAUAUUUAAAUGAAUAACUUUUUAUACUCUUUGUUACAUGUUUGUAUCAGUAUUUAGUAGAAAAUGUUUUGAGUUUUUUUUUUGGGUUAAGAUCUUUCUUUUUUGUACUGUUUCUUUAAAACAGAGUUCUUAGUAACAGGGGCAGUUCCUGACUUCAAAAAAACCAUUUUGUAUGUUACACAUUUGAAUGGGUUAACAAAUUACAGGCUAACAUAAUGCCUUUUUUUAGUGUUUUUAAUUUUUAGAAUUCACUACAUAAAUUGUAGGUGAUCGUGGGUCUCAAAAAACACUAGAAACUUCUAAGUGUCUUAGCACUCUCCUCAGCGUGCUGCCCGCCGUGGGCCAGGCACGGCUGGGACACCCGCACUCCAGCCCCGCGCCGCAGGGCCCAGUCAGAGCUGCCAGCUGGAUUACAGCAGCCUUGCGGUCCCUUCUUUCCCUGCAGUGGGCGGAACAGGCCACGAAUCCAGUAAGGAUUGUGGGUUUCCCUAACUCCAUUUUGAGGAAUGGGGAAGAAAGGAUUUCUAAAGGGGAAGACAUGUUUUCCAGACACAUUUCCAAGGCUGACUUAAAGAGCACAAGGAGAUCAAGCUACGCAAGGGCUGGACUACUGUAAAAGUUAGUUACGACCACGUAGUUAGACCAGUAGAUGUCUAGUCAGGUUUUUGUCAUGUAACUUAUUAACUAUCACACAGACACAACUAAGAAUAUCAAGUAUUUCUCUGACUCUUGACAGGGAAAAAAAAAAAAAAGUCACAGUUGACUUAACCCUUUGCUGUCUAAACAGUUGGUGUUUCCUGUUCCGGGUGCUACUGCCAAACGUUCUGGUACUUAGAGUUGGGAUGCACAACUUCAGCCACCGACCUAGCCACGCAGCAGCCUGCACACUGCACCUGGCCGUUAGAUGAGCGCUGAGCCACCGGGCUCUGUUCAGUGUUUCAGUAAGUACAGCUCACGUGGUAGUUCUGCUUUAUUGAAGCGCUGCCGAGGUACUCGUCUGUCCCUUCCGUUUAUAGUUCUCUGGGAGUUAUAAAUUUUGGUUUUUGUUUUGUAUUUUCUUUUGCAUUUUAUAUUUAUCCCUGAACAUGUUUUGUAUUUUUUUUUUUAAGAAAAGAAAUUCUUUUGUGUAUAUAUAGAUACUUGCAUGAUAGACUGUAGCCAACGUUCAGUUCCUCAAAAGGUCUUGCUGCUGUCAGGUGUUAUGACUACAUCCAUCAUAACUGUAUUAAACACAUUUCAUAUGUAAAUAAACGUGGGACAUUUGG